AUGGAGUGUGGCAGCAGAGACAGCGGCGGGAGCGGCCGACCCCACCUGGCCCCGGGGCUGUUGGCUGCGGCGCCUCCGUCCCCAUCGCUGGCGUUGCCAGUGCAUUCGGGGAUGUCCAUUCCUCCAGCUUUCCUGCGGCCGCCCAGCCUCUUUCUGAGAGCAGCAGCCGUCGCAGCCGCAGCGGCCGCGACCUCCGGCAACGGAGGCUGCCCGCCGGCUCCCGGGCUGGAGAGGGGCGUGGGGUCGGUGGGCUGCGGCUACCCGCGGACGCCCAAGUGCGCCCGCUGUCGCAACCACGGCGUGGUGUCGGCACUCAAGGGCCACAAGCGCUUCUGUCGCUGGCGGGACUGCGCGUGUGCCAAGUGCACGCUGAUCGCCGAGCGCCAGCGUGUCAUGGCCGCGCAGGUGGCGCUGCGCAGGCAGCAGGCUCAGGAGGAGAGCGAAGCCCGGGGGCUGCAGCUCCUGUGUCCGGGGCUCCCCGGGCCCGGGGGUCCGGGAUCCGGAGGCUGCGGCAGAACUGAAAAUCCCCAGGCCGCGGGCGGCUCUGCUGCUGCGGUGGCGGCGCUGGGACCAUGUGCCUUGCGGCAAGCUUGUGGUCUGGUGACCCCCGCUUUCGAGAUUUUCCAGCAAGAUUAUCCUGAGGCAAAACAAGGACAAAAAGAAAGGAAAUGUGAGUCAUGCCAGAGUGGACAAGAAGAACCCAUCUCCAAAUCCCAUCAACUCUCCCUGAGAUCAUUGUCUAGGUCUAAUGGUGUCACUGGGAAACAAAGCAUCAAGUCAUCUGUUUCAGAAUGCUCAAACAAGCAGGAUAGCAUCUUAUCUCCUUACCCUGGGGAGCAAUCAGGAGGUGAAGAGAGUCCCAGGUCCUUAUCAUCCUCUGAUCUGGAAUCAGGAAAUGAAAGUGAGUGUGCCAAAGACCUUACUUCUCCCAGAGCCAGCCUUCCCACAGUGUCCUCAAGACCAAGAGAUCCUCUCGAUAUCCUUACUAAGAUUUUUCCAAGUUACAGGCGCAGCCGGCUAGAAGGCAUCCUGCAGAUCUGCAAAGGGGAUGUGGUCCAAGCCAUUGAACAAGUUUUAAAUGGGAACGAUCACAAGCCAGACAUCAGGGACCUAGCAAGCUCAGGAGAACUGGAAAAUACAGCUUUGCAGAGAGCUUCAAGUUUUAGCCUAGCUGGAAUCAGUUUUGGGACUCUAGGUAACAAAUCAGCUUUCUCUCCUCUUCAGACCACGUCUUCUGCUUAUGGAAGUGAUUCAAGUCUCUACAGCUUAAAUCCUAGACUAGGUAUCAGUCCAUUACGGCUGGCAUAUUCUCCAGGAAGAGGGCUAUCAGGUUUUAUGUCCCCCUACCUAACACCUGGGUUGGUGCCCGCCUUGCCUUUUCGGCCAGCUUUGGAUUAUGCUUUUUCAGGGAUGAUUAGGGAUUCUUCCUACCUUCCCAGUAAAGAUGCAAUAACUGGUGGUAAAUUGUAUUCUAGACUGAAUCAGGACCAUCUGUAA